CAGAGUCACAGGGGGGGAGGGUUAAAAUUAUCUCCCUGCAGCAAAUCCUUUUCAAUCAGAUCAGUGUUUAGAAUGGACUAUCCAGCUUGGGACUCUAUAGCUUGUGAGAAGACUACAUCCCGACAGGAGCUCACGAACGGAUAAAGGCCACCUAUAAAGGGAUUAAUUUGUCUCCCGAACACAGGAGAGAAGCUGUGCCAAGAGGGAUCACCUGGAGGCAGGCCCCUGUUUUGGGAAAAGUGGCAAAGGACAUGUCAACAAGCAUUUGUCCUGUCAUUGAGCCAACGUGCAUUGUGUACGAUAGCCGUUGAUGAAGCACUAACGGUUUUGGCAGAGACAAGGUCCAGCGUGUUGGAAUACCUCACUAAGGAGUUUAUCCUGCUGCACAGGGGAUUUUGAACUACGCUCGCCACCCACUCCAAAUGACCCCUAUUCGAGGUGUAUACCACACCAAAAACAAAGCCUGGAAGGACGGUCUCCUUUGACAGGUGAGACUCCAGACAGCUAUCAGAGAUGGCCCACAAUGCCAUCCCACGCUCGAUGCUCAUGCCCGCGGUGCAGAUGCGCUGGCGUGUAUCACUUCCAGGUUCCAUCCUACCUUCCGUACAUCUACUUCUUCUGCUCCUCUAUACUCUCAUAUCUUCCUCAAAGGCUAAUUUGCCGGGAUUAGACUACGACUAUGGAAUCCAACCGAAGUUCGUUUGCACCCCCAUUCCAGCGGACGCCGACCCAACUUGCUUCACGCCAGGUGGGGCAACGCAUGGGCCUGCCCACGACAGACCCAGCAGUAACGGGCAUCACGGACCUGCCGCUGGUGCCCACAACGGGAACAGCAGGAGGCCGGUUGGAAUGGAUUUGGGGAUAGGAAUAUCAGACGAGGCCAAAUCCACAAUUUUGCAUCUUCGCGAGAGCCUGGUGCGGCAAAAGGAGACCAUUUUAGACCAGCGGGAGACGAUCAGGGAACUGACCGCCAAGCUGACCCUCUGUGAGGGAUUCGGCCGGGGUGUGGGUCACCACGACGACCACCAUGACGACCAUCACGGAACCCCGCGUCACAGCUCCCGCCACACCAGCUCGCACCACUCCUACCAUGACAACGGUCACCACGGGGACAUACACUACCCGCUGAGCAACGGACACCGAUCUGACCCGCUGCACAGGGGGAAGGACAACUCUGGCAGUAAACACGGGGCGUUCUCCCCCGACCAGACUAGGAAAACACUCCAGACACUCAAGGAAAGGCUGGAAAGCCUGCAGGCCAGGAAUUCAUCCAGCUCUUAUUCAAGCUCACUAAGAGACCUUCUGCAACGCAAAAUCAAUGCACUUGAGAAGCAGCUGAACAAUCACUAUGGUUAUGGUGACCACGAUGACCACCAUGAGGAACACCAUGGACCCGGUCACCAUGAUGACGAUCAUGAUGACCACCAUGGAACUGGUCACCACGAUGACCACCACGACGACCACCAUGGACCCGGUCACCAUGAUGACCACCAUGAGGACCAUCACGACACCCAUACCCCCACCCGGCACAACAACCGCCACAACAGCCGUCAUAACAGUCACCUUGACGACCAUCACUAUGACCGACACUACGACCGCCAUUAUGAUCGUAGCCAGGGCCGCCAUGACAUCCACAGUACAGUCCACCAUGACGAUCACCAUGAUGACCAUCACGACGACCACCAUGAUGAGCACCAUGAAGACCAUCAUGACGAUCACCACGAUGACCACCAUGAAGACCACCUUGACGAUCAUCAUGAGGACAACCAUGGAAACAGUCCCCAUGAGGAUGGUCACCAUGGGAAUGAUGAUCAUGGCCAUCGUCCUCGUCCAUCCUAUAACAGCAAACCACCGGCUCCAAGACCUCCUGGCCGCGGACACAACAAGCUGGAAACUGUACUGAGCCACCUGAAUCACAGGAACACUGACACUGGAACCCGCAAAAAGCCUAAGAGUCCUGAUGCUUUCCAGAUAGGCUUUCCUAUGCGCACUAACUACAUGUAUGGAAGGAUAAAGAGGACCCUACUCAGUGAAAUCUUCGCCCUCACUGUCUGCCUCUGGCUAAAAGGGGGAUCAGGGCCUGGUCUCGGCACACCCUUUUCUUAUUCUGUCCCGGGACAGGCCAACGAACUGGUUCUGAUCGAAUGGGGCAACAACCCAAUGGAGCUACUAGUCAAUGACAAGGCAGUGACUUUGCCCAUUGUAAUGACGGAUGGGAAGUGGCACCACCUGUGCAUAACUUGGUCAACACAUGAUGGGCAUUGGGAGGCAUUCCAGGAUGGCAUAAAGAGGGGGACUGGAGAAGACCUAUCUGCCUGGCACCCAAUCAAGCCUGGAGGAGUCUUUAUUCUUGGCCAGGAGCAGGACACUUUAGGUGGCCGAUUUGAUGCCACCCAGUCCUUUGUGGGCGAGAUGUCCGACCUCCAGCUGUGGUCCCGCAUUCUUACGCCGAACGAAAUCUACAGCCAGGCUUCCUGUGGAGGUCACUUGGCAGGUGACGUAAUCUCUUGGACAGAGGCAGUGGUGGAGCUUCACGGUGGGGUCACCAAAUAUCCCUUCGACCCCUGCCACUAACACUACCUCUCUCUGCCUCAUCAAAAUGGCUGCUCCCCCACCCCCCAUUUUUGGGAUCACCAAGCCCAUGAUUUUAGUCAACCAGCUGUCAGGCAAGGCAGAGGGGUCUGUUCACUAUGCUGUAGAGACGUCACAGACCCUUAGCAACAAACCUGGCUGGCUCUUAGCAACAAGAACCAUAGAGCCAUUCAGCUAUAUUGCUAUUUAUUCGUUUCCUUUUUAUUUAGCCUUUCCUCUCACUUGGCCGAAGAAGUGUGAGGGCUUUAAAAAGCGCAAAUGUUGUAUAUACCUUAACAACCAUGACCACUUCUGCUCCCCUGAUCCAAUACAGAUAAUUUAGUAAUUUAGAUAGAAAUGCAGCUGAAAGUUCUGAUAGAGCCACUUUCUCCUCUCGAUUCCGGGUUGUGUUGUUCUUUUGUGAUACUACUCAAAAUGUAUGAAGAUGUCCAGUGAAAGCAGAUAUUUGUGGCCACCAGUAUAGGCUUGGAUAUACAUUACUCUGAAUGUUCUUCAGUAAAACAAAUCUCUUAAUUUCAAAGUUCUUUGCCUAACUCUGACUGUGUAUUGGUCCCUCCAUUCACUUUAGCCAUUCAUAAGUAAUGUCUUGAAAGUUCACAUGGUUCUCAAAAUCAUAAUUUGCCAGGUGUUAUUUUUUCAAUCUUCACAUUUUUGUCUGGUAAACAGCAAAGUACCAAUGAUUAAAUGGAAAGCUUGGAGAUGUUUAUAAACCAAUGUUGGCUACCAUGGAAUUAACAAACUAAGGUCACCCAAAACACAGCCAUGCUUAUGGUAAGUGUAUGAGUUAAACAGCAUUGAUAAUGAUUUGAUGAUUGAAUGUGAUAGAUGUGAGGUGUGAAAUGAAUUGUAUAUGCUGUACAUUAUGAUGGAGGGAUUUUCUUGGGCUCUUAGCCUGUCACGAAUCUAUCCUGCCCUCAGAGAUUUUAAGCCUAUUUUUAUUACUGUGUUGUAAAUACAACCAAUCAAGACUGGACAGGAGUUUUCACAGGAAAAGUAGAUGUUGGUGCUCUUUGCUUUUGACUGAGGAAUUUAAUAUACACAAAAAUAUGUCAUUUAGCAGACAUUGUCUUGCAUUAUGUAGAUUGAAUUUUUUCAAUGGGCAAUCAAAACCCCUAGCCUAGCACUGCCGGACAAAUUCUCUCCAGUCCUAGCCACAGAUGACCUGUUCGUAUUUGGUUUGCAAAAACAGAUUUUCUGUAGGUAUUUUAUAUGCAAAAAAAGCUGAAAUUGAAUACUUUGAAUUUGACUUUUUAAAUGUCUAUCAGUGUUCAUGAAAUGGCUACGAGGUUUUAUGGAAAAGCAGUGUUGACACGAGCCUGCAACAAUACAGGUUAAAUGCCUGUCAAGAGGUGAACAAUGAUGUUGACGUCUGCAUAAUAGCUUACUAUGGGAUUUACUUGACAAGUGGAGCUCUCAUCCAGAUCUACACUAUUACGGUGCUGUCAAUACGUGCUCUGAAAUACAUUGAUAUAUGUACGCAUAUGGACCCCAAACAGCUUAAUAAAGGCUUUAAAAUGCUUAUUAUUUAGUGUCAAUCUCAUCCAAUGUUUUAUUAGUCGGGUCUUCAGCUUUUUAUGCAUGUAUAAUUCUUAUUGAAUAGCUACUGUCAAGUUACAUAAACAAACACAAACCAUUUCUUUCUUUUUAAAUACACCCUACUUAUAUACAAGUAAUAAUUUUCUUUUCAGUCCUUUCAUAGUAUCUGAGUAUCUUUUCUCUGUCUGUAAAGCAUACACAUUUGAGGAAUGUAAAACAUCUUUAUUUUUUCACUCACCCGGGCUGUGGAUCGUCUCAUUGUUUUACAUGAACACUGAUCGUAAAAGGGGUAUCUGUUGUUGCCAUGGUGAUAUUAUUAUGCUCGGCUGGACAUACCCCCUGGCUGCUAAUAAUAAUUACAACCAUUUCAGUCCACACUAUUACAGUAAGUUGGUAAAUAUUUAUUCAUGCACUUUCGUUUGAGGGGAUAUAGUGGUCUGGAUGGUUUUAUAAGAGUUUAUAAUGCCAAGUUGAGCAUUAACAAAUCCAUGCUCCCAUUUCAUUUCAUUUUCCAGAUAGUGGGCAAUUUCUCGAUACAAAUAUGUUGUUUAUGGAGAUUAUCUAAUGUUAAUAUAGCUGGAAAGAAUACAUAAUAAAUGCCGUUUUAUGAACAGAAUAUAUGUUGCUUGCAUAAAGUUUGCUUAAUCUCGCCUUUGGUGUGCAUUUUUAAUCUGUAUAAAAUACUAUAGAAUGUCUUCUUUUUUGUUCUUGUGUGUACAUAGGGCCUUUUGAACAACCUUGUAUUCAUUAACUCCUGUAUAUUUGGUCAAAAUCCCUUCUCGGUGUGUUUGUGUGCAAGCCAAAAUUGUAACAUUAUUCAUAAACCAUGAAUGACAAAUAAAUGCUGUUUCAUUUGUAAAUAAAAUCAAUAUUUUGAAAUAAUUCCCUAUUUUAUCAAUGGAUACAUCGCACUCAGUAUUUCAUCACAAAGGCUGAUGUUGAUCAAAGCUUUUGGGCUAGUCAAACUCUAACACACAUAGUUUAACUUACUUAAACAUGACUUUGGGGAAGAUCUGCCCUGGAGGCAAAAAUAAAUG